AUGGGAAAAGACAAAAAAAGUGGUUCGAGCGGGGGUAAAGAAAGCGGAAGUAAGGCAACUAAAGGGAACAAGGAUGCGAAUAAAACUUCAAAAAGUGGAAAAAAAGGGACUACAACUGCGGUUGAUGAAGAAAAGUCUGGAAAAGGUGGGAAAUUGAAGGCAGCUAAUUCAAUAAAGGUUCGACAUAUACUAUGUGAAAAACAUUCAAAGAUCACAGAGGCACUCGAAAAAAUAAUAAACGAGAACAUGCGAUUUGAUAAGGUCGCUGAAUUGUAUAGCGAAGAUAAAGCAAAACAAGGAGGAAGUUUGGGUUGGAUGACAAGAGGAUCGAUGGUUGGUGAAUUCCAAGAGGCGGCAUUUGCAUUACAACCGAGUGCGUUAGAUAAUCCUGUAAUUACUAAUCCACCGACUAAUAAAUCGUCUUUCUCAGGAGUAGAGAUUGGAUCCGGGUUAGGUACAACGGGCGGGUCGGAUAUCCGGGUUGCGGUCGUAGCUACCCGUGUGUAUGAUGGUCCUGUUGCUGUUGCUGCAGCAACUGCAGCAACUGUAAGUCUUGCUGCUGGACCAGUUGGAUAUUUUGAAGAUGUACUAACACCACCUGAAGAGUUACUCGCGGUGGUGCGUGUCAACCCGUCGGUUAGUUCCAGCGUUGAGUUCAUUUGCUAG